CUCUCUCUUCACGUUUCCCUUCCAGACCUACCUCUCACUCUCACACUCAUGGCGCUAAAUCUCCGUCAGAAGCAAACCGAAUGCAUCAUUCGGAUGCUGAAUCUAAACCAAGCCGUCAGCAGCGCCGCUGGUACCGCAAACGAGGACGUCUACAAGAUCCUGAUCUACGACAGAUUUUGCCAGGACAUACUCUCCCCCUUGAUCCACGUCAAGGACCUGCGUAAGCAUGGUGUCACCCUCUACUUCCUCCUUGAUAAGGAUCGCAAUCCCGUCCACGACGUCCCAGCUGUCUACUUCCUCCAGCCCACCCCUCCAAAUGUUCACCGCGUCAUCUCCGACGCCUCUAGGGCCCUCUACGACUCUUUCCACCUCAAUUUCUCCUCCUCCAUACCCAGGCCUCUCCUUGAGGACCUAGCCACCGGAACAAUUACUUCUGAUUCAAUUCAGAGGAUUUCCAAGGUGCAUGAUCAGUAUUUGGAAUUUGUGACCCUAGAAGAUAACUUAUUUUCCCUUGCCAACAAGAAUUGUUAUGUUCAGUUAAAUGAUCCCUCUGCCGGAGAUAAAGAGAUUGAGGAAAUUAUUGAGAAGAUUGUGGGAGGGUUGUUCUGUGUUUUGGCAACGCUUGCAGUUGUGCCCAUUAUUAGAUGUCCUCGUGGAGGGCCAGCUGAAAUGGUGGCGUCCUUGCUGGAUCAGAGAUUGCGGGAUCAUUUGUUGGCAAAGAACAACUUGUUUACUGAGGGUGGGAACUUUACAAGCUCAUUUCAGAGGCCAAUUUUGUGUAUAUUUGACAGGAACUUUGAGCUAUCUGUGGCCAUACAACAUGACUUUAGGUAUAAGCCACUUGUUCAUGAUGUGCUUGGUUUGAGAUUGAAUAGAUUAAAUGUCAAAGGGGAGAAAGGCGGGAUGAAAUCAUAUGAAUUGGACCGAUCUGACCCAUUUUGGACGGCAAACGGGUCACUGGAGUUUCCAGAAGUUGCUGUGGAAAUCGAGACGCAGUUGAAUAAAUAUAAGAAAGAUGUGGAGGAGGUUAAUAGGCGGACUGGUGGUGAUGAGGCUGAGUUUGAUGGAACAGAUUUGAUUGGCAACACAAAGCAUCUGAUGAAUGCAGUUAACUCCCUUCCCGAAUUGACUGAGCGAAAGCAAGUGAUUGAUAAGCAUACUAAUAUUGCUACUGCAUUAUUAGGUGAGAUCAAGGAAAGAUCACUUGAUUCUUAUGCUAAAAAGGAGAGUGACAUGAUGGUCAGAGGCGGGAUUGAUCGCAACGAGCUUCUUGGUGUGCUCAAGGGCAAAGGGACAAAGAUGGACAAAUUGCGGUUUGCAAUCAUGUAUCUUAUUUCAACAGAAAGCAUCCCUUCAUCAGAAAUUGAAGUGGUGGAAGCGGCACUGAGGGAGUCUGAAGUUGAUACCAGUGCAUUCCAGUAUGUGAAGAAGAUAAAAGCAUUGAACCUUUCCUUAGCAUCAGCUAAUUCUGCAAGCAGGAGCAAUAUCGUUGAUUGGGCUGAAAAACUCUAUGGGCAAUCAAUUAGUGCAGUAACUGCUGGCGUGAAAAACUUACUGUCCAAUGAUCAUCAGUUGGCUCUGACGAGAAUGGUUGAUGCACUAAUGGAGGGGAAACCGAAUCCUGAAAUUGACUCCUAUCUUAUUUUUGAUCCCCGUGCACCAAAGUCAACCUCUGGCUCAAGUGGCAGUCACCUGAAAGGACCAUUUAAAGAAGCUAUUGUGUUCAUGGUCGGCGGUGGGAAUUAUGUAGAGUAUGGAAGCUUGCAAGAGCUUGUUCACCGACAGCAACCUGCCAAGCAUGUGAUCUAUGGGACCACUGAGAUUCUCACAGGAGGUGAGUUUGUGGAGCAGCUUGGACUGCUGGGGCAGAAAAUGGGUUUAGGAAGCAGCCAUAACCCUGGCUCAUCUAGAUAGAUGUAUUUUGAUUAUUCUCGUAUUGAAACAAUGUGGUCUUGAUCUUGCUUCUGGUCAUGGAUAUCGGCCUUGGUGCCCUAAUCAAGUCAAAUGAUUUUAACUUCACUAGACCAAUGUGUUAAUAGUUGUUAAACAAAUGGUGUUAUGUUUUUAUUUUCUUGAACACCAAUCUACUUAGCCGCUUUA